AUGGCGACAGCGACAGCAACAUCAGCACCGGCACCGGCACCGGCACCACAGCCGCAAGGCAUGCGCAAGAAUGGAAAACAAUGGCAUGCCCCCAAGAAGGCCUUCCGGCCCAGCGCUGGUCUGAAGUCUUACGAAAGGCGAGUGCAAGAACGGACAGCUGCGGCGGCAAUGAAGGCCAAAGAGAAGGAGAUGAAGGAGGAGAAGGAAGAAGAGCGCCAGAGACGCGUGCAGGCUAUCAAGGACAAGCGAGCUGCAAAGGAGGAGCGUGAGCGAUACGAAAAAAUGGCCGAAAAGAUGCACAAGAAGCGGGUAGAAAGGCUCAAGAGAAAAGAGAAGCGCAACAAGCUCAUCAACUCUUGA